CAACUUCAGAGUUUCCGUCCCUUCGAUAUGGCUUUCAGUUGCCUACCGCCGGAAUUGACGCUCUCAAUCGCCGAGCGUCUGGGUCCCUUCUCCAGCUUUGACUUCGCCCUCACGUGUAAACCGCUUUGGGACCUCUGCAACACCCUUAUUCAGAAGCACAAGCGACUCUUCGCGGAACACCGCGUAAUCAAUGCUCAAGACUCGUCCUGGCCACGCACCAAUCACAUCCUGUGGGAUAAGCUGAAAGAGAUAGUGAACGAUCCAAACAUUGGCGAGUAUGUCCGGGAGCUGAAUCUGCCGAGCUCUCGCGCGAUAUACCUGGACGGAGAUGCAUGCCAUGAUUUCCAGCUCACAGAAGAAAGCGCGAAAGUGCCACAGGAAGAUAUUGACCGCUUCGCUGAUGCUGGGAAUCGAAUUCAUGAUCUUCUCCAGUCAGUGGACCUGGGAUAUGGCGUACCUGGUCCCCGCGAGUGGGACGAAUGGCUCCUGCAUGGCUCUUCCGAGCCCAUCAUUGUAAUGCUUGUGCAGCACAUGCCGCACCUCCGGACCUUCCGCUUCACGGAUCUGGAGAUGAACAACGUCUUCUUCGGAUGCUUGUGUGCUGUUGCAGUGGCAUACAAAAACCCCGUACUCGCGCCGCGGUUACCGUUCCAGCACCUUACCACCGUGUCAGUUGCGCACUGGGACACUGAAAUGAGCUGUAACGUGGAAUGGUGUCAACUUUUCUGUGCGAUUCCCAGCGUGCGUAACUUUAUCGCCAGUGCCAUGGGCGGCGAUGGUCUCGAUGGCAUGGUUCUGCCAGCACAAUUACCGAAGUCUAAUGUGACCGAGUUGGUAUUUCACUAUUCGCGUUUCGAGACCUCUGCGAUCGAGGCAAUCGUCAGCAACACGCCGCGUCUGGAGAAGCUCAGCUAUGAACUUGCUGGCGCAACAGUAGCCGAAGAUAUUUCUCCAAUGCCGAAGAAAGAUUUAGAGGCGCUUGUGGAGCAUGUGGGCCACUCCCUGCAGCAUCUGGUAUUUGAAACCCCAGAAUAUGGGGACGACUUUGAGGACGACCUUCCCAAAGUUUCCCUCCGCGGAUUCCGAAAGCUGAAAACCCUCCGAAUUGACUGGCGCCUCCUUUGGCCAACGGACGAGAUGAUUCCAUUCGAUAACGCCGAGAAGUCUGACGGCGGCUUCUACGAAGAAGAGGAAGAGACGGCGGAAAGCGACUUCGACGUACGCAGUGUGCUUCCCGCGUCUCUCGAAAAACUGUACUUCACCGGCUCUUUUACGGAGGAGGAAAAGGAGCUUGUGAAGAAGAUCCGAGAGGCGCCCAGCGAUUACACCCCCCUGUUGAACAAGAUAUACAUUGAGGAUCGCUCGGUGUCGUUCAAGGAAGAAGAAGUCCCGGGUAUUUAUGCAAACCCGCUGUUCAAGUACCUGGAAGGACAUGGGAACUAGGGUUGGAAAUGACAGGGCUAGACUAUUUUUCAGAAAGGGGAUGUGAAAUUAUUGGAGAACCUUGUAAUUCGAGGUUUUCGGAAGAACGCUAUUUUCGUAGGCUCCCUAUGAGCACUAUCCACGGUGGCCAUUGACCACAGGUUUCCCUACGACGUAU